GGGUAGUUAUAUUUAGAGUUCGCCUUCCUUAUGUAAUCUCGCGUUAAUCGUUGUUAGUCUAUGUAUGAUUAUGGUGACACCUUAUCUAAUAUCCAUGUAACCUUUCCUGUCAGAAACAUGGACAUUGUUAUACAAAGUAUUCUCGCUGUGGUGGUUGGGUAUGUGGUUUGGGUUGUCGUAGCUGAACUGUGGAGAUACAACGCCCUCUGUCGGACAGUGAGGAAUUUCGCCCAGCCUGGUCCAGCACACUGGUUUUGGGGACACAUGAAGAUGGAUUUCAUGACCGACAUGCGGCCGCUGACAAAUCUAUCUGACGAAGAAGCUUACCGGAUGAGCCAUAACACUAAGUGGGCCAUAACGUGGCUGACUUUUAUACCAUUGAUCCAGGCCAACCACCCCGACAGUGCUAAGGCCGUGCUGAAACUUUCUGAUCCCAAACCGACUGGAAGCGGACAGUUGUAUAACAUUUUGACGAGUUUUUUAGGUAAAAAUCGUUCAGAAUUGGUGUUAUUUUAACUCCAUAUUAAACAAGAUGACAUUGAACAUACCGAUAAAACAGGUGAAAGGUAAACAUCAGACACAUCAGCUGUCUAUACACCCUGUGUGUGGUGAUAGGGUUUUAUUGUGUUUGUUGUCACAACCUUAUGUAUGACAACACAGUGAUGAUAAGUUGAU